UUGUCAUUGGUAGUUUUCGUUUGACUUGUCUGUAUUCUUUAUACGAAUGAUUGCAAUUAAUGCAAAUAAUUAAUUUUGACUGAAUCGUCUGAACGUUGUAACUAUUUAUACUUAACGAAAACAAUGAAAAUGAAACAAUAAACGAGUUUUGAAAAUGUGGUUACUAUAGAUAGCUUAAAUUAAAUUAUUCGUGACUAACAUAAUUUUAGUUAUAUUUACCAUGCAAGUCACCGGCUUUAGAAUACUUUUCUUUAUAUGGGCCAUAGUAUUUGUUGCUUUAACCAAUGGCACCGGCCAGCCAAAUCGUGAUGAGAAGAAAGCCAAAUCAGUGACUACGUUUGUCAGUGCAAAAUGGGAGGUAACUCCUAUUGUUCUAGAGUUGGCUGAAUAUCUAUCUAGUGAGAACACAGACUUGUUUUGGUCAUUUGUAGAUGGGAUAAAUUCUUUAAAAUCUAGUCUGGAAGUAUUGGAUACUGAUAAGCAAGUUUAUGAUGCAUGUGUGGGAGUAGCCAGUACCUUGCUAGUGCCUGCUCAAUUGCGCAUGGCUAAGCUGGCAUUAUCAAUGCACUUGACUUCACCAACUGUCCGUAUGUUUGACCAAAUAGCAACACAGAAUGGAGUCAAGGAUGUAGCAUGUGAUACAUUUGUUCAUAUAGCUUCAAGAAAAGUUUGUGAUAAUGAUGUGCUACGUGAUAUUCUCAAAUCAUAUGAUCAAUACAAUGCUGUAAAACAUAAAUUGGAAACAUAUCUUUUAGACCACACAUAUCCAAGCAGUGAUAAUAAAAGUCUCACAGCCAUACUCUAUGGUGAGCUUGGUAUGAUUGAAUUUGCCACUAAACAUAAAAUAUUGUCUACAUAUGCUGACAAAGGUGUUAUCAAUUAUGUUGUUAGGUGGAAUGUUAAGCCCCGAGGAAAACCUAAAGUGAGGCUAUCAGGUUAUGGAGUGGAGUUACAGUUAAAGAGCACAGAGUAUAAAAGUCAGGAUGACACCACACCCAAAGAAUCUGAAGAUGGAGAAGCACCUACACCUUCUGAGGAAGAAGAUGAAAAUGAUCCACAAAAUCAAAUUGAUGGAUUUAAUUUUGGUAGACUUAAGAACUUAUUCCCUGCUUUACGUUCACCAUUGGAGAGGUUUCGGCGGCAUUUGUCGGAGUCGAGUGAGGAACUUGAACCCCUUAAGGUGUGGCAGAUGCAAGCUUUGAGCAUGCAAGCGGCGGCUGCUGUAGUUGAUGCUCACGACGCUGGUGGAGACGAAGCACUCAAAGUAUUAUCCUCUAUUGCGCAAAACUUUCCCAUGCAGACUAAAUCGCUAAUACACGUAAACGUUCCGCGAUCAUUUCGCGACGAGGUAUUGUACAAUCAAGAUAUAUGGGCGUCAUCACUUGGUCUUCGUGCCGCCGAGCCGCUGUUGCUUGUGUCUGGCGCGCAAUACGACGCCGAGGAUAUCGAUCUUCUAGGGCUUCUGGCCGCACUCCGAGAGGAUAUAGGGCCUAUGAAUACGUUGCACGCUUUGGGACUGUCCAAGAAAACAAUCAACACGCUAAUGUCCUUGGAGCUGGGCGAGUCAUAUACUUGGGAAGAGUAUGGGCUAGAUAUUCGCGACACCGCGAUCACGUGGCUCAACGAUUUAGAAACUGACGAACGUUACCGCCGUUGGCCCUCUUCGUACAUGGAGUUACUCAGGCCAACAUAUCCUGGCAUGCUUAGGAAUCUUAGGAGGAAUAUAUAUAAUUAUGUAAUCGUUAUAGACCCAACGAGUUAUGCCUCUGGUCCACCGCUAAAGCUAGGGGAAACAUUACUGAGACACGCGACUCCUGUACGGGUGGGACUAGUACUGGCACCAUCCAGCGGACCACUAGAAACCGCCGUCCGCUCUGCGUUCAACUACAUCGCGCAGGAGAAAAACUCUAACAAGGAAGCCUUUUUCUUUCUUUCUCAGCUACUAAAUAACCAAGAGGAAAGUUUAAAUAUAGAGCAAGUGAAAAAACAACUUAAAAAGUAUGUUAGUUCUGGUACAAAUAUUGACGCAAUAAUUUCUGAAGACGAUUACAACUUUGGCAGACAGUUGGCGGAAGAAUUUGUGUCGAAACUUGGGAGCAAUAAAUAUCCUCAGGUGUUGAUUAACGGCGUGCCGCUGUCUGAAGAGGGCGGCGCGGGCAGCUCGUCCGUGGAGGUGCUGGAGGAGACACUGGUGACGUCACUAUCGCGGCACACUGCGCGGCUGCAGCGUGCCGUGUUCCGCGGCGACCUCGCCGACACCGACGACGCGCUCGACUACCUCAUGAAGCAGCCACAUGUGAUGCCCAGACUUAAUCGGCGAGUUCUUGGUGCUGACUCGAGCCAGUACUUGGACUUAUCGGGCGUACCAUCCUCUAGUGAACUAUUUACAGAGGACAAAGUACAUCGUCUUAUGCAUUUGACUGGUCGCGAUGCGCUAGCUACUGCACUGCCAUUAUUGAAAUAUUUUACAAAAACGGGCAAAAAUGAUAAGAUAACACAAACUAUUUGGGUUGCUGGUGACUUGAAUGAUAAGCUUUGUAGAGAAUUACUGAAGAAUGCUUUGAUGUUCAUGACAGAAAGCGGGGGCGUCCGGGUAGCGUUCAUACCGAACGUGGAUGGGUCGCCGAGUGUAGACCAGUCGCUCAAUAAGGUGGUGAUAGCGGCGCUAGCCACUUUAGAACCCGCAAAAGCCACUAAGUAUGUGAUGCAGCUGUUAGAGGACGAAGGGUGUCAUGAAAAACAAAAUUGCGAUAUAUUGCCGGAGCUGGUGGCAGCCUUGCAGCAGCACGCGUGGACGCUGCGGGCGGCGCGCGUGCUGUGUGCUCGUGCGUUGCGGCUGCGGUCUGGCGCGCGCGCACUAGUACACAACGCGCGGCUCAUUGGACCCUUCGCUGAUGAUGAACAGUUUACGCUUGACGAUUUCUUAUUACUCGAAAGGUUUAGCAAUAGAGUUUACGCUGACAAGAUUUCAGAGGUGUUAGACAAGAAGAAGACUUCAAAGAAUGAUGUCUUGGAUGAUGACGAUUCAGAGGAGCGUGCGCCGCUGAGUGCGGACGAGCGCGUGCGUGCGACAGCCGUGUUGGCGGCCCGGAGCCCCCGCGCCCGCACACCGCUGCCGUCCGGCCUGCGCACCGAACACUCGCUCGUUGACCUGCCGCCGCUCAUACCAGACGAAGCUGCUAUUGAGAUUGUGGCAGUGCUGGACCCUGCAUCGGUGGCCGCGCAGCACGUGGCGCCGUUAUUGCUCGUACUGCGGCGCGUCGUCAACUGUCGGAUCAAAUUGUUCCUCAACCCGCAGGACAAGAACUCGGAUAUGCCGCUCAAAAGUUUUUACCGCUACGUGCUGGAGCCGGAGUUGCAGUUCACGAGCACCGGGGCAGCCACCGGCGGCGCGGGCGCACGUUUCGGCCGGUUGCCGCACGCACCGCUGCUGUCGCUUGAACUACGCACGCCGCCCAACUGGCUCGUCGAGUGCGUGAAAUCCGUGUACGAUCUUGACAACAUAAGACUCGCUGACGUGGACACGCUCGUGCACAGCGAAUUCGAGCUAGAGUACUUACUACUGGAAGGUCACGCGUGGGACGUGGGUGUGGGUACGCCACCGCGAGGCCUGCAACUAGUACUGGGAACGCGUGACCGGCCCGACAUGGUCGAUACCAUCGUGAUGGCCAACUUGGGAUACUUCCAACUUAAAGCGAAUCCUGGUGCUUGGAUGCUACGUUUGCGACCCGGCCGGUCCGAUGAUAUUUAUGAGAUAGUCGGUCACGAAAAUACGGAUACACCGGCCGGCAGUGCCGAUAUCCAAGUGCUGAUGAGCUCGUUCCGCAGCCACGUGAUCAAACUGCGUGUUAACAAGAAACCUGAUCGACAGCACUUAGAUUUGCUUGUCGAAAACGAUGACAACAACUCUGGCGGCAUAUGGAACUCUAUCGCGAGUUCGUUCGGAGGCGGCGAGGAGCAAGAAGUGCAAGAUGAAACUAUAAACGUAUUUUCGGUGGCGUCAGGGCAUCUUUACGAACGAUUCCUGCGCAUUAUGAUGUUGUCAGUCCUCAAAAAUACCAAAUCACCAGUCAAGUUCUGGUUUCUUAAAAACUAUCUUAGUCCUUCACUCAAGGAUAGUCUCCCGUAUAUGGCACAAGAGUACGGGUUUGAAUAUGAGCUGGUGCAAUACCAAUGGCCGCGCUGGUUGCAACGACAACGCGACCGCCAGCGCACUAUUUGGGGCUACAAGAUUCUAUUCCUCGAUGUGUUGUUCCCGCUACAUGUCAAGAAAAUCAUCUUCGUUGACGCUGAUCAGAUUGUGCGAGCGGAUUUGAAAGAAUUAGUUGAUUUGGAUUUGGGUGGCGCACCCUACGGCUAUACGCCGUUCUGUGACAGCAGAAAGGAGAUGGAAGGAUUUAGGUUCUGGAAGCAGGGUUACUGGCGCAACCAUUUGCAGGGCCGCAGCUAUCACAUCAGCGCAUUAUAUGUAGUGGACUUGAAACGGUUCCGCCGCAUCGCCGCCGGCGACCGCUUACGCGGACAGUACCAAGCUCUGAGCCAGGACCCCAACAGUCUUUCUAAUUUAGAUCAAGAUUUGCCGAACAACAUGAUACACCAAGUGGCUAUAAAGUCGCUGCCGCAGGAAUGGCUGUGGUGCGAAACGUGGUGCGACGACAAGUCGAAGAAGUACGCCAAAACUAUUGAUUUGUGCAACAACCCAAUGACAAAGGAGGCUAAGCUGUCGGCCGCAAUGCGCAUAGUGCCGGAGUGGCGCGAGUACGACGAGGAAAUCAAAGCGCUGCAGGCGCGCGUGCGCCGCGGACUGUACCAGGCCGCCGACCACGAACAGGAAAUAGAAAAUGUUCCCCAUGAUGAGAACCUUCCAACUGGAAACCAUAUAAAAAAAGAACAUGGGCAACACACCGAGUUAUGAUGAAAUGAGGCAGUAAUAUUAAUAGUUAGUUAUUCCAUUAUUUGUUUUGGUUGAUUUGAAUACAAUCGUCUCCAAUCGAGACCAAUCAGUUUGUAGUUAGUUGUGUUCGCUCAAUAGGAAUUGCUAUAUGAUGGCAAAAUAACAGUAAAUGCCAGAAUGUCAAUAAUCUCUCUACAGGUUUCUAAAUACUUACCUAAAUAUAGUAGGAUCAUGUGUCUUAACGAUACGGGACUGAUAUUUUUUAGUUUCUUAAAUAGUAUUUCGGUGAAUGAAAAAUAUUCCUAGCACUUUUAAAUGGUUAAUUACAAAAACAUAUAAUAAUAAACAAAAAUAAUCUAAAAAAAAAAGAUAACCGCUAAAGAAUUACUUUUUUUUAUGGGAGCUGGAGAUAAAUGAGUUUGGGCAUAAAUGAUCCCAUGAAUAUUAUCAGAAGAGUUGCCGAACUUUUAAAAAUAUAUUCUAAUUAAAUGAAAGCCUUUGUAUCCCAAAAUAUUAAGAUGUUGCACAGCUAGCUUUUUUACAGUUUGACUUCAUAUUGUUAGUGAAUUUAUGAUUAUGAUAAAAUAAUAUUGGUGCAUUGUAUAAAAGGAUAGAUACUAUACUGACGACCGUAUAAAUUAAACCAUAGGAUUCUGUACUUUUUUUUAGUAUAUGUAAAUGUAGUAAAUAGUGUUUUUAUUACAUCUACAAGAAAAAUAAUAGAUGUGGUGAAAAUAGGGAUUAAUUAAAACUUAUGGUUAUACAUUUUCGUUUAAGACAAUAUCUGUCGUGACACGAUAGGAGGCACUCUGCUUAGCAUAUUUGAUGUCUCUGUUUCGAGUCUUAGUAAAGUCAAUUUAGGAAUUGUUCUGAAUUGGCUCAAAUAAUUGUUUUAUCCUUUUUGCGUUCAUUUUUGAUUGCUCAUAAUAGGGUAUUAUAGUUUAAAGAACCAGUCAAUUAGGUUAACGACCUGAUUUCACUUUUUGAGUAGAUGCAUUAAAAAUAUGUAUUUGCCUCUGAUAGUUUUACUUAUUUACAAAAUUUGUAAUAUGAUAGUAAGUAAUAAGUGUCCUGUAAACAAUAUAUCAAUAUACUUACCAACUUACCGUAUAUUUUGUACUUUGUCGCAGACUAUUAUUGUUAGUCUUGGUUCUACUUAUUUGUGUACUCAUUGAAGACGAACUGCGUAUUAAUUAUUGUGGCCAUUCAUUCUCACAAAAUAGUAUUAUGUAAUGUAAUGUAGAUACCGUGUGAAAUAUGAUUUUACUAUAGACUUUAUUCUAUUUAGUAUUUUUCCAAUGUUAUUCCAAUGCAUCAAUAAUGAUAAGAGAAAGUGAUGUGAUGUUAGAUAAUAAGUACUUUUUUUUUCUAUGAUUGUUAAUUAUCAAUGAGAUAUUAUUUUUCUAUUUUUCAUUCACUUUUUUGUCAAUAGUCAAUCAAGAUAUUUGUAUAAUUUAACCUGUGUUAUGGUAGGUAAAAUUAAACAAGAUCUCAAUAUUUCUCCAUAUGUUGUAAAGAAAGAACACAAUUGUCUUUCAGUUUAGGUUUUCUACUUCUUUUUAUUUCCAUUAUAAUAAUUAGCAACAUGCGAAUUUUAUAUUACUGUCAUACACAUGAAACUGUCCUGUAAAUAAAAUACGUGAAAUAAAGUUAUUGUUAUUAUUGGAAAUAAACCUAUUUUGUUUGGUA